AUGGCUCCAGGUAGCGGGCGCGACUUUAACUGCACAUGGGAGCAUUGUGGAAAGUCAUUCAAUCGCAAGUCGGAUCUUUGUCGCCACUAUCGCAUUCAUACCAAUGAGCGGCCGUAUCAUUGCACCGUCAAGGACUGCAACAAGAGCUUUAUUCAGCGGAGUGCCUUGACCGUACAUUCGAGGACUCACACUGGCGAGAAGCCCCAUGUUUGUGACCAUGAAGGCUGUCAGAAGGCAUUCUCCGAUUCAUCGAGUCUGGCCCGCCAUCGCCGAAUCCACACGGGCAAGCGGCCAUAUAUAUGCCACGAGCCUACGUGUGAACGGAGUUUCUGUCGCAAAACCACCCUCACCAAACACCAACACCGCUCCCACCCUCCAGGGAGUUUGACCCGACCAUCCUCGGAAGAUGCAACCUCCGAGCACUCUUACCACCAAACACCCGUAUCAGUCUCAGUCCCUAGUGAGCAGUAUAUGCUCGCUCAGCAACCUUAUUACCCGCAAUCAGCGACACCAAGUCAUGAGUUUUACUCGCCCCAGAGUGUGCCGAUGGGUGCCGUACCGGUUCAUGAAACUGCCCCUCCGAUCGUGUCCCAGAAUGUACCGGGAACUUCUCCGGUAAACAUGUCACACCAACAGCCACACCCACAACACCAUGCGCAUCCACACCAACAUCCACAACAGCAACAACAUCAACAGCAGCAGCACCACCAGCAACAAUACUUGCAAAUGAUGCAACCGCGUUACGACACAAGCCCACGCACCAACUACAUCCAAGAACAAUAUCAACAUCCGUCUUUUCAAGGCCAUCAACUGCCCUCCGAGCAGUCAAUCAUGGUUCCAUACCAAUCAAACUAUGCGUACAAACCCCAAGCCUCCCGGCUCUUGAAUCAAGCGGAGGGGACUGACUGGGGCUUUUUGGGAGUAGGCGGCUAA